AUGGAGGAGGUGAUACUAAACCCCGCGGGUCCCGUCCGCGCUCCGCUGACACUACUGCCCCCGCCGCCGCCGUCUGCGGACCGCAUGCUGUGCCCUGGAGGCUCCUCUGGCCGGGGCACAGCUCUGAGGGGUGGCUGUGAUUCCGAACUUGUCGUCUUCCUCGACUGCUUUAAGAGCUAUGAGGACCAGCGGGCUCUGCGGACAGAGAUCCUCAAGGAGAUGAGGGCGCUGGCCUUCACAUCCCCAGGUCAGCUCAGCUCCAGUGUCAAACCCAAGCCCCACGUCUACGCCACCCUCCUGGAAAGUGGCUGCCAGAAGGGCGAGCACGCGGCCUGCUUCGCCGAGCUGCGGAGGAACUUCGUGAACACCCGGCCAGCCAAGCUGAAGAACUUGAUCCUGCUGGUGAAACACUGGUACCGCCAGUCAGGUGUGUUCACUGGGAAGGAGGCCUUCAGCCUGGCCCAAGGCCUCCGCACCGUCCUGGGCCUGAUCCAGCAGUACCAGCACCUGUGUGUUUUCUGGACCACCAGCUACAGCUGCGAGGACCCUGCAGUGAAGAAGUUCUUGCAGCGCCAGCUUGAGGGACCCAGGCCCGUGAUCCUGGACCCAGCUGACCCCACGUGGGACGUGGGGAACGGGGCAGCCUGGCGCUGGGACCUGCUGGCCCAAGAGGCAGAGUCCUGCUAUGACCGCCCGUGUUUCCUGCAGGCGACAGGGGGCGCUGUGCAGCCCUGGGAGGGGCCCGGCCUUCCACGCACUGGGCGCUCCGGUGUGGACCACCCCAUCCUGCGAGACCCUGCCCAGAGGACCCCCACGGACAGCAGCAGCGUGGAUGCUGGAUGCUCCAGGGCAGGGGACAGGCGGCCCGUAUGCCCAGCUCCCAGCCCCUCGGUGGACGGCAUCGCCCCCGGUACACCGGAGGGGGUCCCAGGUCUGUCUCAGGUCCCCGCCAAGGAGCUGGACCGCUUCAUCCAGGACCACCUCAAGCCGAGCCCCCAGUUCCAGAAGCAGGUGAGCAAGGCCGUCGAUGGCAUCCUGGGCCGCCUGCGGGAGAACUGUGUCCACAAGGCCUCGAGAGUCGGCAAGGGGGGCUCAUUCGGCCGGGGCACCGACCUCAGGGGUGGCUGUGAUGCCGAACUCGUCAUCUUCCUCAACUGCUUCGAGGACUACAAGGACCAGGGGUCCCGGAGGGCGGAGAUCCUCGCUGAUAUGCGGGGCCAGCUGGAAUCCUGGUGGAGGGAUCCGGUCCCCGGCCUGACCCUGAACUUUCCAGAGCAGACCAUGACCGAGGCGUUGCGGUUCCAGCUGAUGUCCCCGGCCCUGGCGAGCUGGAUGGACGUGAGCCUGCUGCCGGUCUUUGAUGCCGUGGGGCAGCUCAGUGCCGGCACCAAACCGGACCCCAAGAUCUACCGGACUCUCCUGGACAGCGGCUGCCAGGACGGGGAGCACGCGGCCUGCUUCGCCGAGCUGCGGAGGAGCUUCGUGAACUCCCGCCCGGCCAAGCUGAAGAGCCUGAUCCUGCUGGUCAAGCACUGGCACCGCCAGGUUGCUGAGCGGUUGGCCCAUGCCUCCCUGCCCCCAGCCUACGCCCUGGAGCUGCUGACCAUCUUCGCCUGGGAGCAGGGCUGCGGGAAGGACCGCUUCAACACGGCCGAAGGCCUGAGGACCGUCCUGGGGCUUGUCCAGCAGCACCGGCAGCUCUGUGUCUUCUGGACGGUCAACUACAGCUCUGAGGACCCAGCUCUCAGAGCGCACCUCCUCGGCCAGCUCCGGAAACCCAGGUGCACACCCACGACCUCCUCUCCGCCCUAUCAUCCUUCCCCCCACUGUCACCUGGAGCCAUUGCAUCCAGGAGGGGGCCAGGGUGGGGUUUGGGGGCCCCAGCCCCAUCCUCGCUCUGCAUCCUUCUGGAAUCUUUGCUGA